CUCCACACACUUCUUUCUCUUGCCUUAUCCCUUUCUUUCCCUUCAUUUCCAAACAAAUCCUCAGUUCAUGAAACCAUAAUAUCUCAGACUCCGUAGUACUGCUCAUCAGUACUACUCACACCAUGGCUCUCAAAUUUGCCUUCAACUCAUCAAGACCCUUCAUUCCAAUUUCUUCCUUAUCCUCUUCUCCUGAUGCCUCUGGAAUCCACUUGACUCAGUUCAAUGGCCACCACUUGCGCCUCCGGCGCCGCCGUGGUGUGCUCGUACUCCCCCGCAAGGCCACCGCCGACCAACAACCUUCAGGCAAGGUUGAAGAAAAAGAAAAUGAAGAAGUUGUCGUUGAUGGUAAAAUCCUCCCUUAUUGCAGCAUUGACAACAAAGAGAAGAAAUCAGUCGGCGAACUUGAACAAGAAUUUCUCCAAGCACUGCAAGCAUUUUACUAUGAAGGGAAGGCUAUUAUGUCGAAUGAGGAAUUUGAUAAUCUGAAGGAAGAACUUAUGUGGGAAGGAAGCAGCGUUGUCAUGCUAAGUUCUGAUGAACAAAAGUUUCUGGAAGCUUCUAUGGCUUAUGUUUCUGGAAAUCCAAUCAUGAGUGAUAAAGAGUUUGAUAAUUUGAAGCUGAGGCUAAAGAUGGAAGGAAGUGAAAUUGUUGUCGAGGGUCCACGGUGCAGCCUUCGAAGUAGAAAGGUUUACAGUGACUUGUAUGUUGACUACUUAAAGAUGCUCUUGCUGAACGUCCCAGCGACUGUCGUUGCAUUAGGAUUGUUCUUCUUCGUUGAUGAUCUGACUGGAUUUGUGAUCUCGAUCUGA